AUGGGUCGCUAUUCCUCAGUUCAAUCGUAUGCGGACAACAACAAAGCUGUCCGCACAAUCCCCUAUGAUCAGGCCACAGGAUCUGCGGAACCCAAAAAGGGCAAAGUCGUUGUGGAAAAGGUCUCCAAUCCGUAUGGUUCCACAGCCGGUGCUGGUUCGGGAGAGUUUCAUAUUUAUCGACAUGCCCGGGCCAGAGAGAUGGAACGUUGGAAAAACAUUGAUGAACAGGAGCGAGCGAUUAAAGCAGAACGAGAAUUUGAGCAAAGCAUUCAUCAAGCCAAGACGGAAGAAGAACGCAAGACGGACAAGCGACGAAAGAAGCGACAACGGGAAAAGGAAGCCAGGUUGCGAAAGAAGAAUCUAAAAGCGGCUGGAAUUUAUCUUGGUAAAGCUCCUCCCGCUCAAUUAGCAUCAGCAUCUGCAUCAGCAUCAUCUACAAGCAAUCCAUCGGCAGCUGCGGACAAUGACAAGGAAGAAUUUGCAUACGUUCCCUUGGCGGAACAACAAAAGGCAGAAGAGGCAAAGGCCAAGGAAGAAGAAGGAGCGAAUGGAGACUCCAAGGAAGCAGCAGACGAGCCGAAGAAGGACCCGGUAGAAGAGAUUCCUAACGAUGGAUCCUUUUUGGAAAUGAUGAAGCGACGGUUGGCGGAAGAAGCUGCGUCAAAUAAGGCACCAAGCGAUUCAAAUAAGGCUGAUGACGAAGAUGACGAAGAUGAAACCAGUUCAGAACCACCACCCAGAAAAAAGAUGCUCUUGGAAACAAGAAUCAUUGACGAAGACGACGAAGGGCCAAUGCUCCCACCUGCUUUUAGCUAA